AUGUUUGGGACUGAGCCAAUCUACAACGACGACGAUAUGGAGAAAUACAUCAAGCGGACAGUGAAGAAUGUACAGCCACAAGACUCGCCCCGUGUAGCCAUUCAGCGCAUAAGAUCCGUUGUGGGUGCAUUCAAGUACAUGCAAGAGAAAGAAGUCGUAAAGAUCUUCAAGGAUGAGAAAGUCCGCAUCGGCGUCGUCAUUGAUGGUAUCGACAAGAAUCUUCCGAAAACUCCUCGAGUGUCAGGCACGAAGAAAUACACACCCUGGAAAACACUGGGUCUCGGAGCAAAAUGGGAUCGCCUGAAAGAUGAGUACACUUCUCAAAAAGCAAAGGAUGCGGCCAAGGACGAUGACAAGAAGACCCCCAAGGAGAGGAACGAGAUUGCCGAGUGGGCAAAGCUGCGCGAAGACAUUGAGAAGAUCAUUCCUAAGCUCGAGGCUGAGUGGAACAAGGCCAAGGGCUGGACCAAACCGUGGUAG